GCGGGCUGGCAUGGGAGAGGUUUCCUCGUUCUGGAACCUCAUAGAAAAUUCUCAGGGAGAUUCUUCAAGCAACCACUAUGUCAACAGACCCAGAUAUUUCCCUUUCUUCAUAUGAUGAAGAUCAGGGAUCCAAACUUAUUCGAAAAGCUAAAGAAGCACAAUUUGUACCCAUUGGAAUGGCAGGUUUUGCAGCAAUUGUUGCCUAUGGGUUAUGCAAAUUGAAGAGCAGGGGAAAUACUAAAAUGUCUGUUCAUCUGAUCCACAUGCGUGUGGCAGCCCAGGGCUUUGUUGCAGGAGCAGUGACUGUUGGUACCGGCUAUUCCAUGUAUUGGGAAUACUGGGCAAAACCUAAGCCUUAGAAGAAGAGAUGCUGUCUUGGUCUUGUUGGAGGAGCCUGCUUUAGUUAGACAUCUCUUUAUUGAAGUUACAUAUUGUUGAAAAUAAACUAAUUUGUAUGGGUUUAGAUGGU